UACCCGCCUCCUUAGAGUUGACGGUCGGUAGUCCGUAAGCCGAAUGACAAACACAAACAUAAAUCAAAACACGGAUUACGCACGCGAGUCACAAUUCCCACCGAGCAGCUCCGCUCCGUCGACUGAACUGGCCGCGCUCGCCGGUGUUGUGGCGCGUCGAAUGAAAGUGAAGGUGAUGAAGCCUCACCUACGUGACGUCAUCGCGCGCCCGGAGCGCUUAACUCGGAAGGCGCCUUUUGCUUUCUUCAGCUCCGCCCCCUCCCUUUCUCUCGCUGUUCCCUUAGUCGCUUUUCUUCCCUCGUCUGUACGCUUGGCUGUCCCGGCCUCCCCGCUCCCUCCCCAUGUGCUCGUUUUUUCCUCCUCCUCCUCCUCGUCCUUCUCAGCUGCGCUGGCCGGAGCUUCACGCAUCCGAGACUAGCGCGUCUCCCAGCGAGACGAGCCGCAGCACCGGACUGGCUUCGCUUAUUAUUACUAUUUUUCAUAUUGUUGUUCGGCUUCGAAGGAGAGACAUGCCAGAAAUAAAGAGGACGUGCUUAACCGAGGCGCUCAGCUGCUGUCACGGGAGCGGGUAGUGAUGCGCGGUCCUUACUAAAUUGUGUUCAUCAGCACGAGGCUUUCAGUCCUCCGGACUAGCUGUGAGCGCAGCACCUCGGACGGCUGUCCCACCACCAGUCGCCCUGGUUUCUGUAGUACUGGCGAUUGCUUUCUUUUUUUUGGUUGUCAACAAGAACUCUUACCCCUGGGAUUUGCCCCACCUGCCUCUGGAGAUGCAUCUUUUGGGAUUCUUGUCAAGUUUGCAGCCCGGCGUCUUGUCGGUUGACAGCCUUUAAGUUUAAGGAUCUCCGGCGUUUCGGCAUGUGGAUGCAUCUCAACCUGCUGAUCUUCGUCUUGUCUUGUUUGGAACUCGCGUUCCCAGUCCUGGGAUAAGGAUGCCAGUGAGCGCGAUGCCCAGGGGGAGAUCGCUAAGCCCCACGUCCCUUUCCCGCAGCCUGUCGCGGCUCAGGGAGUUUCGGACCCGGACGCGGAUCAUGUUGUCCCUCGGCGUGUCUCAGAUGAUACUUGGAAGCCUCAUCCUCGCAGUUAGCUUCGCUGCUUUGGCGCUGACCACAUCGCCCAGAGUCCGGCAUUCGUGCCCCUUCUGGGCAGGCUUCUCGGUGCUUCUUUCUGGACUGAUCGGCGUUGUCUCCUGGAAAAGGCCGCUUUCUUUGGUGAUUACCUUUUUCAUGCUGCUGUCAGCCGUGUGUGUGAUGUUAAACCUGGCUGGAUCCAUCUUGUCAUGCCAGAAUGCCCAGCUGGUCAAUUCUCUGGAAGCCUGUCAGCUGAUUAAGUUUGACAGUGACGGUGUGUGUGUGUGCUGUGAGAUGCAGCAUCAGAGCUCGGGCUGCAGCAACCUCGGAGAGACCCUCAAGCUGAACCCACUGAGAGAAUGCAACACCGUCAGGCUGCGGCUCAAGGAGCUCUUGUUCAGCGUCUGCGCCCUCAAUGUCAUUUCCACCAUUGUCUGUGCCCUGGCCACAGCGAUAUGCUGCAUGCAGAUGGUGUCCACCGACAUUCUGCACAUGUUCAUUCCACACAGGUCGCGGUCUCUGAACCCGGAAUGCAUGACUCCGCAUGGGACCAUUCUGCAUCAGAUGCUUGAUUUCGACGAGUUUAUCCCUCCAAUCCCACCUCCACCCUACUACCCGCCGGAGUACACCUGCACCCCUGUGGCGGAGGCACAGAGAGGCCUACACUUGGAUUUCCCUCACUCCCCAUUUAGUGCCAUCUUUGGAAUGCCAAUCAACAGCCCUGGGGGGCUUUAUCCCUCGGAGCUGCCACCUCCGUAUGAAGCUGUGGUGGGUCAGACGCCGGCCAGUCAGGUGACCAGCCUGGACCAGCAGGCGACAGAGUCGAGUCUCUGUGAGAGGAACACAACUGCUGGAGUCAGCACCCAAGCCUCGGUGGACAGCACGUCUCUCAUGGCGUCCGAAGUGGCCGACAUACCCGAUCACAGCUGCUCCUCUGAAGACCUCUGCUCCUUGGAAGUGCAGGGCUCACUCCGGUCCACCGAGUUCUCCCCAUACAGCACAAUCCGCACCACGGCCACCGACGGCAGCUGCAACAGCCUGGAGCACAGCAUGCGUUGUGGACACUACAGCGGGCGCUCUCGGGGCGACGAGGGGGGCUGCUUGAGUGAGUCCUCGCUUGACAGAUCCCAAACCCACGGCUCCACGAACUGCACUCAGGAGCCGUCGCCGGACUGGUCCUCGGAGAACAGCACCCUGAGUAGAGAGGCCCGGGCAUCACCCUACGACUCGGCAGCGUCCUCCUCUCCUCCCAGGCACAAGAAGCUCUGUUUUGCCGUUUGUUCUCACCCCUCAUCGUCACCUCCAGCUCAGGCGCAGGCCACCUCAUCUCAUGGGACCACGUCACGCCCGGAUAGGCCCCGGCUGCAGUGGUACAGCAGGAAAUACCGAUUAUCGAGAAUUGUACGGUCAACGAGUGACCCCGUCUCCUGUACUUCAGCCCCACAAGGUGACGGCUGUGCGUGUGUUGCUGCUGCUUCUAAUCAGGUCCAGCAAGAGUCCCCGCUGACGUCCCCUGAGCCAGCUGCCUGUCACGAACACACGGCCGGCGUUGUGCCUUGCCAAGGAGCCCUACGAGACGCCCCCUCGUCCAGGCGACUGAGAGAUGACGCUAAAGCAGACAUGAGACUGAAGCCCCGGGCCCUGCAGGCCCUGUGCAGAGAGCGGCCGCGCUCCUUAGUGGACCUAAAGACUUACAAAGACACCAAGAUAUUGGUGGCCAAGUUCCUGGAGCACUCCAGCUGCAGCCUACCUCCUGAAGUUCAGCAUGUGGUCAACAGCAUCAAGUACGUCAUCAAGUCAGAUGAACGCCACAUGGAAGAAGCCAUCUUCAGUGCCAACGUCAUUGACCAGGUGAUCACCAGCGCCCAGCAGAGCGAGAGCAGCCCACGCAAACGACUGCACGAGGACCUUCACCUGCAGAGCUGUGGGGCGCUGAGCUCCCCCUCUGCCAGCCUGCGGAGGGCUUGUCUACGGCAGCCCCCGGACCAGGACCGGCCCCACAGCCUCGUGGAGGUGUGCAGGGAGACCAUCCUUUGACAGGCCACCCACCACACCAGCCUCCUUCAGCGCGAGCAGCUUCCAAUUUGUGCCAAGCAGAGGCCCUGCCGCCCAUUCGGAAUGUGCCCGGUGGGGCGAGCUGGGGGUCUCACUCCUAUAAGGAUGAAAAGAUAUUGAAUGUCUUCCUUCAGGGCUCAUUUUUUUUUUCUAAAAAUCAGACAUACUGGAAUCCGAAAUACGCUGUGGCCGUGACGAGAAGCCGACAGCGAGUUGUAAGAGGAAGAGUCAAGCGCAACGGGAUGUGCGUUCUGGAAAACUGUGGAUCUGCCCAGAGGGGCACAGAAUGGGGUGUGAGUGGCGGUGCCAAACUCUGCCAAGGUGAAGGGUGUUGUUUAUAAGCUCGUACAACUGGACCGGUUGUAUUAUUUCACUUACCUCAACGUGUCUCAUUCUUCUCAGUGUUUGAAUUAAAACGAAUUUGAAUUCUUA